AUGUCCGGAACAGAGGGUGCCGAACCUCCUAAGACCCUCCUGGAAGAGGAAGGGAGACCAUCAACUGCCGGCAAAGCGUCAAACAAAAGUACUUACCUCGUUCUUUGUUCUUACACCCUCGUCACACAGGAUAAAGCAUAAAGAUGAACACACAUGAUUUGGAUUUUCGUUCUCAUCGAAAAAGUAUGCACCACAAGUAUCUAUGUGAAUCCGAUUUUUCAUGGUCGUGAAUGAAAAAGUAGAGUACUAGUACUUAGUUAGACUGGCUCCACCGAUAUACAACAUAGCUGCUAUGAAGGAAAAUUAUUAGAAUUGCUUUAAUUAUACCAAGAAUACCAUCUACUACUUUUUCUUUUAUUACUUCUUCAUGUUUUAAUACUCAGGUGGAGGAAGUCGACCAGGCAGUGCAGCGCAGAACUCAGCUGCUGGGUCAGGAGGACUCAACGGAAGCCGACAGGGCAGUCGAGCGGGGACUCCACCAUCUUCAGACAAGACCACUACAGGUACAUUAAGAGUAGGUUAAAGGUGCUUUUCUUACCGCUUUUUAUGCCUCUCUCCCUUAGGAUGAGAAGGGCAUAAAAAGCGGGGUAAGCGAGCACCAAAAAGCUACCUCUAAGUACAGGACGAGCAGCUGAGCAAGGGGUAGAGCAUGACCUUGCACAGGAAGCAGGACAAGAAGAGAAGGGUGGAGAGGAAGGUGUAGCAGGUGAGAAUAAGCAAGAACAACAAGAGAGCAAAGAGGAGGAAAAAGCUCCGUCUGAGAACAAUAGUGAUGAAGCAGCAGCUCGUGCUUUAGCUGCUGGCCCACCAGGUGGAGGAAAAAAGAUGGAACGCAGGUCCUCUCUACUAGCUGAAGCAUUGUCUAAAGCUCAGGAAGAGGACGAGUCACCCUUUGCGGACUAUGACGAGUCUGGCGAACUCUAUUUGGAUUUAGACAUCCGAAACCGCUACUCCUUCGCGCCCUUCGAAUUGAGCGACUUUGCAAGAGCUUUUAAACUUGUCGAUGUCAUGGGAGACAGACAACUCUUGCCGGAACAGGUAUUCUUGUUUUUGACCAUCUCCGGUUCUUGUUAUCGUUCUUGUACUAGAGUGUAUGUGUUGUACUAGAAGCAGGAUUCAGUUCUUUCAGAAAGAGAGUGUUGUAUAUGUAUAUGUAGAUGGAGUUUUUGAAGCACGACCAUGAAUUAUACCGCCAUGUUCUUGUAUAUGUUCUUGUAUUAAGUCCUACAUGCGAGGACCACUCUCCCAGUCACCCUCAAAUUUCUCCUUGUCACCCUCCCACUCGUCACCCUCCCUUCAUCCCUUCCCCGCCAUCAUCUCGGUGUGCUGCAAAUUUCUCCUUGUCACCCUCCCACUCGUCACCCUCCCUUCAUCCCCGCCAUCAGGUCGAUCAAGCAAUGAACUCUAUUGGCCAAGGGCAAGAUGAGAAAGAUUUCGAGUGGGCAAUCAAUACGACUGAUCCAGACGGCAAAGGCCUGUGGGAUUUCCAGAGAUUUAUCGAUGUCAUGGCUCUGUUUCGAAAACGUACUUGCUUUCUGAUUUUGUCUUGUCUUGGAGGUAUGAUCUUCAUGAACAUGAUGUAGUCGAUGACUCUAUAAUAAUCGUCUCCACCAAGAAAAGUCUAUUUGUAGUCUUGAUGAAUGAUAUAAAUAUCUACUCCUAGUCCUACUCCACGGAUGAACCUAGUCCUCCUCACAUAAUAUUCCACCCCACAACUUCCUACCCCACACAACGACACCAGCUCCUCUGACCGAAGUUGAGCUCCGCGAAACGUUCGACUUGAUGGAUCGCGAUGGUGGUGGAAGUGUCUCAGCCGAUGAGUUGCGGAUGCUGAUGAUGUGCGUCGGAAAUUCUCUCUCGAUCGAAGAGGCGGAAGACAUGAUCGCUAUCGCCGAUGCCGAUUGCUCGGGAGAGAUUGAGUUCGAAGAAUUUGCUCAUGAAAUUCUUUCCAGUCAAACAUAAACAACCAAGUUGAAUGUUGCAGAAAUAUUAGUUAGUAGAACUAGAUGAAGUAAAAGUAGAGCUACAGCUAGAGGGUUUUUAGUUUAGAACGUGCUCCACUCUUAGGACUUAGGGCGUACUUAUGUUGAGUAUGAGUGAAAAGAUUUCUUUGUAAUUCGUGAUUGGAAGUUAGUUGUAUGAUGAUGAUACACCAGGCAGAGUGCUUACUUCCUUUCGUACAAAUAAUAAAAGAAUCCAGGCUCUCUCAGCUGCGAGUAAGUCGGUGUUUUUUCUUUGUUUUUUCUAAUGAAUGAGUAAUUACGAAGAAGGGGUCGAAGAAGUAAACCAAAAUGUGGAGUUGUAGAAGAGUAUAUGAUCUUCGAGGUGAUAAUUACUUCUGGCUGACAAGUUCGGUGUUUUCUAUUUUGGUUUUUUGUGAUGUGGUAUCUCUGCGUAGAAACGGGAGAAAUACUAUGUUGAUCGGGAGGUUCUUGCAGUUGGAAAGUGAAAAGAAAACUCCUGCAUGUGGAGAUGCUAAAAGGAUUCUUUUUUUCACGAGGGAGCAGCUGAAGACGUUGAUUUCGGAACCUUGGACGAGUGAUUCUUUCUUUUGUUCGCAGCUGAAGAGCACUGGUCGAGCAUGAAGCCCUGACCUCCACAGAUCACGACCGUAAACAAUCUGCACAAGACUGCACAACCAAGCCAGAGCACUUUCAGGUUCCAUUCAUUCUGCCGGUUUAUCUACGCUGGAGCUGUAUGAGCUGCGUGCUGCGUCGUCUGCUACAACUUCCUUACUCUCGCUCAGUCACACUUCACGGAUGAAGUCGGGUGAAAAACGAACAACAAGUCGUGGUGCUAUCAUGACGAUGAUCAUAUUAUUCUAGCACGACGAGAGGGACUGCACAGGCCGCAGAUUUGAACAGGAUAUAAGUACUUCAAAAACGACGGGGAGUAAAAACACCAUAAAUGUACACCAGAUUGUUGGCAUUUUUUUUGAGCAUACUGUAGUCUAGUCUAAUGUAUUUGGACUUUCUGAACAAUCUUAUCUGGGACGGCAGGGACUGUAUUAAUAUUUGGGGAAUAAUUUUUGUUGUACUUCUAUGUGUAUGUUCUUUGGUAUUAGGGAUUAUUUGCUCCAAAAAACUACUCUUGACAGCACGAAAAAGCAGUUGCCCAUAAGAUAAUUUAACAACUUUCUUGUCAUCAUGAUCUUGAACAGGACGAACAAGAGAAGCGAGCAUCUACAACUAGUCAUCUUCUUUCUUUUGCUUUUACUCAGAGUCAGCUUCAGGAACAGAAACGCUUAAUCAACUAACUACUUUUCGAAAUGUAUGACACCAUAUAGCAAUAGCAAUAAUCAAAUUGUUCAUAAAUCAGUAAUCUAACAUGAACUUAAUGCAAAUACCAAAAACUAAAAUAUGCAAUCGAAACAUCGUGCGUCGAGUUAACAGGAGAUUAUAGUCCUUUUAUGCUAAUAGUAACCACAGACAUGCAGUUUAGCAAGAUGAACAACGUGAUUCGAAAUUUAAGGGAAAUAUAAGCUGUAACUGUGGACGAA